AUGGAAAACCAGCGUAACCUUCCUACGGAGAUCGUAAGCGACAUUCUUUCCCGGGUACCAGUCAAGUCCCUGUGCCGCUUCAGGUGCGUAUCGAAGCCAUGGCUUUCUCUGAUCACUCACCCUGAUUUUGUCAAACUUCACUACAACAGAGCCUUUGAGAAAGAGGACAUACUGCACCAGAGGCGACGAGUCCUAAUUGAUGUACCCGGAAGUAAUUCGCUUUUCUCUUUCGGCAUCGAUGAGUUUCUCAAGCGAAAUGAUCAUGGCGGCGAUGCAGAGGUCGAGGAGAGUGAUAUUGACUGUGUUUAUUGCCAUGAAGAACUAGAUAGUGGCGUUAUGCUGGUGGUUCCAUGCAAUGGGUUGCUGUUUUUCACGGUGAGCAAUUUGGACUUGUAUUUGCUCAACCCAGCAACCAGGGAAUCUAAGAAACUCCCUGGACCUGAAGGGUUUGGGAUGGAUGGGUGUUCUUAUCACCUUUUUGGGUUUGGAUUUGAUCACUCAGCUGAUGAUUACAAGGUGGUUUACGGGCGGUGCUUUGAUGAUGGAGUUGAUUUCGGUGUCUACAUGCUGAAAACCGGUUCUUGGCGUGUGAUCGAAGAGCGCUAUCCCUACAAACGCGCUGUAACUGAUGAUUCAAAGGGGAUUUUGGUGAAUGGAGGCUUCCAUUGGUUGUCAAGGAGAGUUGGAGAUCAGUCAAUGAUGAUCAUGGCUUUCCUCUUAGCUGAGGAGGAGGUUCGAGAGAUUGAAGCCCCGCCCGAUUUCACCGAAAGCGAUUUGAUUUAUUUCAGUCUUGGAGCCUUCAGGGAAUGCCUGUGUGUAUCCCAAUGGAUUUUGCAAGAUGCAGGAAAUCAUGAGUUUUGGGUGAUGAAGGACUAUGGAGUGAGCGAGUCUUGGACUAAAAUAAAGCUCUCCAUUGUGAUGUUGGAUUCUGGCAACAUUUUGCCUGCCCCUUACAGGACCAAAUCUCAUGAUCUGCUGUUUGCAAAGUGGAUAAGCGAUUUUUAUUUGUACAACUUUGAUGAUCACACCUUUCGCACCGUGUCGAUUACCCUAUUUCAGGAGUUUCGUGAUGCCGAGGCCUACUUGGAGAGCCUUGUUCCGUUGAAUUAG